AUGGCCGCCACUCCCGAAUCAAUUCCAUGCAGCAAGUCGUCUGAGCCAAUAGUUGUUUUGCCACCGACCGUGGCAGGCGCGAAGGAUUCGCUACACUCCCGAACAUUUUAUUCCGAGGUCCCUACAAGCAUCAAAGAAUCUGGGUGUUCCGUGAUUCUGGGGGUUGAUGAAGCAGGGCGUGGUCCGGUAAUUGGACCAAUGGUGUAUGGCAUUAGUUAUUGUACAAAAGAAUACCAAGAUGAAGUGCUGAAAAAGCGGUACGCGUUUGAUGACUCCAAAAGGCUCACAGAUCCAAUAAGAAGAGACCUGUUUCAGCGAAUGUACACUGGCGAGAUAGAUCAAGCUGGUUAUGCAACAACUUGUAUUUCAGCUUGCGAUAUUUCUAGCGGCAUGCUGCGAUUUCCACCGGAGAAGAACUACAAUUUGAAUGAGCAGGCCCACGAUGUCACAAUCGCAUUGAUAAAAGGUGUGGUGGACAAAGGAGUUUCGAUAGAACAUGUCUACGUUGAUACAGUUGGACCUCCAGCAUCCUACCAGAAGAAACUCGAGUCGAUAUUUCCCAACAUAAAGUUUACGGUCGCCAAGAAAGCAGAUUCUCUUUACUGUGUGGUGAGUGUGGCUAGUGUUGUUGCGAAAGUAACGCGUGAUGUACUUGUUGAUUUACUCAAGAGGUAUGAUAAUGAGGUUAUAGGCUCUGGGUAUCCAUCUGAUGCAAAAACAACUGCGUGGCUUCGUUCUAAUCGUACUCUGCUGUUCGGUUGGCCUUCGAAUAUGGUGAGAUUCUCUUGGCAAACUGCACAGACUUUAUUGGAUAAAAGUCCAGACGCCGUUCCGAUAGAGUGGGAGGACGAUCACCUAGGAAAGGGUUCACAGUCAGUCUCCGCCAUGUUUGCGGCUCCUCCCAAAGCAGUGACACUGGACAAUUGGUAUGGGGUGGAGUAG